UCUUCUGUGUCCUUGCUAACUUUGCCUCUUUAAAUGAUUAACCCACUGAGGGCUUGUCUGUGGGGUUUGUGGCUCUGUUACCCCCAGCAGAUUUGCAGUUAUUUUGGAAACUCCCAUCUCUCUAUGGUCUUCUCUUCAGUGAUGUGUUGGUUUACCUUUUUCGGUGUGGUCAAACACUUGUGACGGAUGGCUUAUUGAUCCCUGGAUGUGGACAUUCCUUUCCUGUCCGGAUACAAGAAGCUUUGUUUAAGUAAAUUGGGUUUGCUUGAAAAGAUAGAGUAAGGGAUGGAAACAAAGGCUCUGCGUGUUUAGACUCAGAGCAUUGUGAUGAUCUCAGACUGGCCUCAGUGCUUUCAUGGGGAACUUGUGGCUGCUGCAUCUUCGUUUAUCACCAGGCUAUGGUCUGAAAGAACAUGAAACACUGACUCUGGAUUAAAUUUGGAUUAGAAAUUCAACAGAAAAAGAUGGAGCAGUAUCUGGUGCUUGAAGAAUUUAAAAGGGGGUUCAGACGGUGAAGCUCGGGUUAUUAAUAUGGAUACCUUAAGAAACCAAAAAAAUCCAUGGGUGCUUUAUGAGACAGAGGUUCCACACAGCAGAUUUUGUGAUCCAGCCUGUGGAGUCAGUCCUGCAGAGAAACUGAGCCCUGAUCACCUGCAGCUCCUGAGAAAUGCAUUUAUGUCUCCAAAAGCUGGAGUUCAGACACAUGAAAACAGGCAGAGUGGAAAGAACAGAGGAAGAAAUGAAGAACAUGGAAUGAAGUUCCAAGAGUUUCGAGAGGUUCUGAGGUCGGUGAUAGGACCAGAUAUUGAGGACACAUGGGUGGAGAGAUUUUUCAGUGAGGUAGAUAUCAGUUGUACAGGACAGGUGAGGUGGCAACAGCUGUGUUCCUACCUGCUUCUGGAGUACACUGAGAGAGAGCGCGCCUCCAUCCCCACACCUGCUCUCCUGGACUCACAGCCGCAGAUCAGACACUGCUCUCACAACAAGCGGGAGCCAACAGUGCGUGUGGUUGCUGUUUCCCAUCCUCCUCCACUCCGCUAUAUAAGUGUCAGUAAGGGGGGUCAGAUCACUGUCUGGAACAGCAGCCUACACAUCCUCAAAACCCUUGGGCUUGCUGGAGAUCCAACAGAGGAAGUGGCCAACACGAGGAGGUUCAGAGGCUGGACCACUGAUGCAGUCUAUAUGGGCAACUGCCACAUGGUUGCCAUAGCAACCGACUGCAGGGACUUGCACUUCGUCAAUGUCUCCACAGCCAGUGUAUUUGAGGAUGUCCACCUAUUUGGGUUUCGUAGUGUGCCCACAGCUCUUUGUUACUGGCAUGAUGUCCAGUGUCCAGAGCGUUCCCCUCUGCUACUAAUGGGGGAUGAAAAGGGAGGAGUCCACCUGAUGGACUUUCUGAACCCCUCUAAAGGUCUUUUUAAGAAUCCCUCUAAGAAACAGAAUGGCCCACACAGGAUUUUUUUCCCAGACCUAGGUGAACACAGCAACAUGGUCUCCUACCGUCACAUCCCCAACAUCCACCAGGAACCAGGAAUCAACAGAGUAAUGUUUGAGCCCAAUACCAAUGUCAUCAUGACAUCCUCAGAAAGUGAAACCACCUCUUUGGUCUUUUUGAAUGUGACACUAAAAUGGGAGCCCUACAUUUGGAAAAUUAAUCAGGGGACCAAAUGUUUUGACUACAAUGCAUCUCUGCAGUUGAUAGUCACAGGAGGCUGUGACCGAGCCGUCCGACUCUGGACUCGAUUUGUGACCACACGUCCUCUAGCUACACUGCUGGGCCACCGUGCCACUAUAUUGGAUGUUGCAAUCUACCAUCCUGUUGAGCAGUUAUUCAGCUACUCCAGAGAUGCUGAGCUGAGGGUUUGGGACAUUUCCACACAUCACUGUCUGAAAUCUGUUAGCCUGCAUUUCCCAUGCCUGCAGCCAGGUCGAAUCCCCGAACAUGGCAACUUCCCUUUCCUGUUGCUGAGCCAUACUCUUCCUGAAGAGACACAGCCUCAUUUAGUGGUGGGAUGCAAAGAUUACCUGGCGCUGCUCAAUCUGGCCAAAAUGAGGAGAGGAGGGGGCGGAUGGUUGACAAAUGAAGGAAGGGAAUUUGGACCGGAAAUUCAAAGUGGUCCGGCCCUUUCCUGUGCUCUGUACAACCCUACCCUGAAACAGGUGGUUACUGGACAUGCCGACUCAUCUGUGUCCCUGUGGGACGUAGAGACAGGUAGGAGGCGUCUUCAGAUCUUAAAUGCCCAUGGAGAAGAGGAGCUCCUCUGCCUGGCACUGGACUCUUCCAACAGAAGACUGAUCACUGGAGCUCGCAAUGGCACUAUUAAGGUGUGGAACUUGCUAAAUGGCCUUAACCUGCACAAGCUGGAGCCUGUCGCCAACUCUGAAGUCACCAAGUUGACCUGUCUCCAUGACAACAAGCUGCUGGCUGUGGGAUGGAGCCAGCGGAUUGCUCAGUAUGACAUUGCAGCAGCCAAGGACUUGUAUGUGAGAGUAGACAUGUCGUGGAAGUCCAGUGGUGUCCAUAAGUCAGACAUCCUGGCCGUGUGUCAGUGCUCUGCUCUGGGGGUCAUUGCCACAGCAAGCCAUGAUGGAGAGGUCAUCAUCUGGAGGCUGGAGACACAAGGACCACUGCUCCACCUACAGGGAGAGACAAAGGCAGGCUUGUGUGAUUCCAGGGUAGUGCCCCCUGUGGACAGCCUCUUGUUCCUGCAGCAUCGAGCUGGCAACAGAAAGCUGAGAAACAGAGGUGUCCUGGUGUCAUCACAGGGUGGCUAUCUGUCCUUUUGGAGUAUCACUGGACAGACACACACUUAUGGUCAGUUUUAUGCUCCAGGGCAGCAAGGUGAGCGUGUACUGAGCCUGAGCUCAGAUCAGGCUAAAAACACCCUCCUGGUCUCUGGAGACACAACAGGCUGGCUUCAGAUCUGGGACAUCUCUCACUAUGCACUGGACAUCCAACAUGAAUCAGUUUGUGAACGGCCUACUCUGCUUCAGUCCUGGAAGGCACAUAGGACAGGGUUAGUAACUGUGGAAGUCCUUGAGGUGGCUGACAGGCUGUUCAUCCUCACAGCCUCAGCUGAUAGUGCUGCUGGACUGUGGACAAAAGACGGAGAUCAUGUGGGAUCUUUUGGGCAGGAGGUGAUGUGGAAUGUCGCUGACGCAGCUGCGUACCAGAGGGAGACACGGAACAACCGGAGGGAAGAUACGGAUGAGAAGGGGAGGAGUGAAAGUGACAGAGUGGGAGCCAACAAGGUCAGACGUCAGGCACCUGACCCCACCAACAGUCAAACUUCACAGGAACAAUGCAGUUCUGAAGCCUUAUCCACCAGCCCAGCAGAGAAUGACCAAGAGCAACCUCAGCAGCCCAUGUAUCUGUGUGAGGACUUUUGCCAGACGUUAGCUUCAUGUUGUGAGAAGAGAUGCCUGUUUGAUGACAUUGACCACAGCAAUCACUCUUGAUUGGCUGAGUUGAUUUGCUUCAUUAGACUCUGGUCCUGCACGAGAUGCCUCCACUGCAUAUUUACCCAUAAUCCCCCAGGUGUAGUAUCAGACUUGCAACACGAAGCUUGGCGCACAGCAUCUGAAAGGAAAAGUGAGCUACCUACCUGUCCAGUCGGAUAUGGAUGAAAAUACAGACAUGAACACUGUUUUUCCCUGUUAGUGGUUGGUGAUCUAAGUGGUUAUUUAAGCUGUCUUGAAACUGAAAAUUUAAUCUGUCUGUUUAAAUAUGUUAAAUAAAUACUGUGCUUUGAGGAUUUUUCUCCUUCAGAACAACCUAUAUAUGAUAUACACUGUACUGUCUUUUCCGUGCGGCAUUUACUGUAUUUUUCACCACCUUGUUUUUCUCUUGCUUUUAGCUUUUUUCUUAUUCUGUUCACUCCAAACUCUGCUUAUA